UUUUAGCACAACUUUAAUUCACUGAACUAAAUGGAAUCAAAUCAAGAAGAUUGCAAUAAAUUUAGAUAUUUUAUGGAAAAUUUAUUUUCACGCGAAAAACUACUUCGCCAAAUUCAACAGUAUUUUUUACAAGAUGCAAACAACUCAACUUUAGUAUUAUAUGGAAUGUCAGGUGUCGGAAAGACACAUAUUGCCAGAAAAUAUUGUGAAAUAUCUUAUAACUUCUAUAAAAACUUUGUUUGGAUUGAUGCAACAUUUGGAAUGUUACAAACUUCAAUGAGAAACCAAUGUCAAAUAUUAGGAUUUGAAGUUCAUGAUUCGAAAGGUGAUUAUUUUAAUAUAAAAGUGAUUGCUGAAAAAAUUCACAACUUUUAUAAAAAUGAAAAAACUUUGUAUAUUUUUGACAAUGUUGACGAUGAAAGUGUUAAAAAUUUAUCAAUGUACAUUUCAAGAAAACCGAAUUCAUUCACGUUGAUUACCUCCCAAUGGAGAACGUGGUCGAAUAAUGUAAAUAAAGUGCUAGUUGAUGUUUUUUCUUCUGAAGAAGCAUUUGCUUAUGUUAAAAAUAAUGUUAAAGAAAACUCUGAUGAAAACAUAAAAAACUUAGUUAAAGAACUUGGAUAUCAUCCUUUUGCUGUUACUCAAGCAAUAAAAUAUAUAAAAAUACAUAAAAUUUCGAUAGAAAAAUACAUAGAUCGAUAUAGAUCAAAACCAUCAGAAAUAUUAGACAAUAAUAACUUUCCAACAGAAGAAGAAUCAAAGUCGACAAUAAAAGUAAUUAACUUAGUGUUAAUAAAAUUAGAGAAAACUAAACCUUUUCUAUUUAAACUAUUAAACUGUUUAUCUCAUUGCGACGGUCAAAAUAUCAGUAAACAAUUUAUAAUCCAAAUUUCAAAUCACAUGGAAAUAAACGAUGAAUAUUUAAUAGAUGAAGCCAUUGGAUUACUAAUGAGUUAUUCUUUACUAAACUGUUUCGAAAAUAAAAAAUAUUCGAUACACGAACUUACACAGUUGACAUGUAGGUGUUUUCAAAAAAGAAAUUCAAGUACAAAUACGUAUCUUGAUUUAGUCGAAAGUUAUUUUAAAGUUAAAAUGAACGAAGUAAAAGAUCACGUGGAUUAUGGAUAUCAUUUUGUUUUUCAUUUCAUCUAUAUGUUUCGUACUAAUAUAAAAAAAAUUUCAAAAAGCUUUCAUUGUAUGACGACUUCUAUUCGAAAGUUAUUAGUAUGUAAAGGUUUAUUUAAAGAAGCGAUCAAAAUAUUAAAAGCUAUUCAAAAUUUUAAUACAGAAACUUACGGUGAAAUUAAUGAAUUCACGCUUGAUACAAAAAAAAACAUCGCAAUAUGUUUCAACUAUAUGGGAAAAUAUAACGAAGCUUUAGAAAUUUAUUAUUCUAUUGAUAAAAUACGAACUGAAACUUUAGGUAUCAACCAUCCGGAUAUAAUGGCAACAAAACAUAAUAUCGCAUUCUGUUUGAACAAAUUGGGAAAACAUAACGAAGCUUUAGAAAUUUAUUAUUCUGUUGAUAAAAUACAAACUGAAAAUUUAGGUAUCAACCAUUUGAAUACAAUGACAACAAAAAACAAUAUCGCCUUCUGUUUGAGCAAAAUGGGAAAAUAUAACGAAGCUUUAGAAAUUUAUUGUUCUGUUGAUAAAAUAGAAACUGAAAUUUUAGGUAUCAACCAUCCGGCUACAAUGGCAACAAAACAUAAUAUCGCAAGCUGUUUAGACGAUAUGGGAAAAUAUAACGAAGCUUUAGAAAUUUAUUAUUCUGUUGAUAAAAUACGAACUGAGUUUUUAGGUAUCAACCAUCCGGAUACAAUAGCAACAAAAAAUAAUAUUGCAGGCUGUUUGAACAAAAUGAGAAAAUAUAAAGAAGCUUUAGAAAUUUAUUAUUCUAUUGAUAAAAUACAAACUAAAAUUUUAGGUAUCAAUCAUCCGUCUACAAUGGUAACAAAACAUAAUACCGCACUCUGUUUGAACGAUAUGGGAAAAUAUAACGAAGCUUUAGAAAUUUAUUAUAUUGUUAGUAAAAUAGAAACUGAAAACUUAGGUAUCAACCAUCCGGAUACAAUGACAACAAAAAAUAAUAUCGCACUCUGUUUGAACAAUAUGGGAAAAUAUAGCGAAGCUUUAGAAAUUUAUUAUUCUGUUGAUAAAAUACGAACUGAAACUUUAGGCAUCUACCAUCGGGAUACAAUGGCAACAAAACAUAACAUUGCAUUCUGUUUGAAUAAAAUGGGAAAGUAUAGCGAAGCUUUCGAAAUUUAUUAUUCUGUCGAUAAAAUACAAACUGAAAUUUUAGGUAUCAACAAUCCGGCUACAAUGGCAACAAAACAUAACAUUGCAAGUUGUUUGGACAAAAUGGGAAAAUAUAAUGAAGCUUUAGAAAUUUAUUAUUCUGUUGAAAAAAUACAAACUGAAAUUUUAGGUAUCAACCAUCCAAAAAUAAUGACAACAAAACAUUGUAUCGCACUUUGUUUGAAUAAUAUGGGAAAAUAUAAAGAAGCUUUAGAAAUUUAUUAUUCUGUUGGUAAGAUACAAACCGAAAUUUUAGGUGCCAAUCAUCCGGAUACAAUGACAACAAAACAUAAUAUUGCAAGCUGUUUUUACUAUAUGAAAAAAUAUAAUGAAGCUUUAGAAAUUUAUUAUUCUGUUGAUAAAAUACAAACUCAAAUUUUAGGUAUCAACCAUCCGGCUACAAUGGCAACAAAACAUAAUUUUGCAAGCUGUUUGAACAAAAUAGGAAAAUAUGACGAAGCUUUAGAAAUUUAUUAUUCUGUUGAGAAAACACAAACUGAAAUUUUAGGUAUCAAUCAUCCAGAUACAAUGUCAACAAAACAUUGUAUUGCAUUCUGUUUUAGCAAAAUAGGAAAAUAUAACGAAGCUUUAGAAAUUUAUUAUUCUGUUGAUAAAAUAAGAACUGAAAUUUUAGGUAUAAACCAUCCGGCUACAAUGUCAACAAAAAAUAGUAUCGCCUUCUGUUUGAGCAAAAUGGGAAAAUAUUGCGAAGCUUUAGAAAUUUAUUAUUCUGUUGAUAAAAUACGAACUAAAAUUUUAGGUAUCAACCACCCCGCUACAACGUCAACAAAAAAUAAUAUCGCAUUUUGUUUGAACAAUAUGGGAAAAUAUAACGAAGCUAAAGAAAUUUAUUCUGUUGAUAAAAUAGAAACUAAAAUUUUAGGUUUCAACCACCCAGCUACCAUGGUAACAAAAGAUAAUAUUUCAAACUGUUUGAAUAACUUAGAAAAACAGCAAAUGAGUUGUUUAAUUAUCUGAUUAUUAUUUCAGUUUUAAUAUAUAUGAAGUUUAAAGUUUAAACUGUUGAUUAAAAUUUAAUUGACAAUCAUUUUUCCUUAAAAGAUAGAAAACUUCGUAUUUA